AUGAGUCGGAAGGAUUUUCGGGUGGAAACGAUUCUGGGCGAACCGGAUAAACAACGAUGUCCGCGAAGAAGAGCGUUCCUCCCAAGGCCAACUGCUGACGCCUCAGAAAUCGAUAACCCUAAGUCACAGUCCACCGCCGAAUACUGCUGGAGCCCUUACGAUGACAAGCUGGAAGAUGCAACGGUCAAGAAAGGAAGUAGCAUCCGCAAAAGAAGAGCAUUCGGCGAGAACCAGGUUUUCGUGCUGGAGAGAGAAUUUCAAAAGAGGCGCUACAUUACAAGCGAACAACGCCAGAAGUUGUCGCAGAUGAUCAACUUGACAGAGCAGCAGAUAAAAAUAUGGUUUCAAAACCGAAGGUAUAAGAUCAAGCGCAGAAAUCCAACGGAACCAAACGGAAUUGGGACCUUCGACAAAAGAAGAAUUCCUGUUGUGGUACUCAUCAAGGACGGCGUUCGUUUAAACGGAAGUCACGUGUCAAAGACGAUAUCUCAGAGUGUGCCGCCAAUCAACUGGUAUUCAUACAAGGACGGUGAUCAAAAGUAG